UGAAUGCAUAUUAUUCGAACUUAAGAUUCGUUUCAUAUUUUGUUAACAAAACAAUUUUAAAUCAAUAUGUUUACAUUAUUGGUAUGUAAAUAAGUUUGUAAAUAAUAUAUGUUUAUGUUUCGUAAACAAUUGAGAAACAGGAAGAGAAUACCGGCAAGAUUUUGAUCAAUAACGGUUAGGUCGAGUUGCACCAUUUCCAUUCAGAUAGGCGUGCUGUCAUGAGUGUAAUUGCGUUCUAAAUUUAGAUUAUAUUUGUAAGUAGGAAAAUAUUUUUUAAAAUGUGAACGUAUUCGACAGUGCUAGAUGUGUUGAUAUUGUUCAUAAGAUUUAAAUUAGGAUAAUGUAAAGGAUAUACGGUAUCAGUGUACAGUGAAUAUGCAUCUUCUCUUUAUUGUGAUAUGGUGUUUAUUAGGUCUGAUGCCGGAUUAUGUUGAAAUGAGCUGUUAUAAUCCACCUUCAGAGCUGUGUACCAAUGAUAUGGUAGAAAUCCCAAGUUUGGAAACUAGAGAUCCGUCAGUCAUGACCACUAACGAAACUUCUCACUGGACAUUCUGUGAUGUGUAUUCGAUCGACACAAAUACAUGGUACAAAAGUGGAAUCCCUAUGACCACGCUAUGUCCUUCAAUGUAUAUGUGUGGAGCAAAGUUUCCUAUUUGGAUGAACGGUGAGAAUCCAAGUCCCGGAGAUGGGUUAGUGAACAGGACAUCCUGUUGUGUACGUACCUACAGGAUGACCGCUGUCAAUU